AUGUCUGCUGCAGCCACCGUCACCGAGCCCUCAUGUACCGCAAGUACCGAUGUCUCAAAUCUCCGGAGAAUUGGCUACUACUCGCUCAGCACCCUGGAAAGGCCUUGCGAUAUCAUGGAGCCUGCAGAUAUUCCCGCGGGCGCCCUCACACACAUCAAUAUUGCCUUUAUCCAGUUUACUGAUAAGUGGGAGAUCGACGAUAGCAGCUAUGGCUCCCAGAUAGCUGAGAUUGCCUCACUAAAGGACUCGCAUAUGGGACUACGUGUCAGUAUCUCUGUUGGCGGGUGGGACUUCAACGACGGUUCCACAGCUACAUACUUCUCCGACAUGGCCUCGACCUCAGCCAACCGUAAGACAUUUAUUGACAGCGUCGUGAGCUAUCUGGUAAAAUAUGGACUUGAUGGCAUUGACAUUGAUUGGGAAUAUCCGGUGGCCUCAGAUAGAUCUGGCGUGCCGGCAGACAAGGAGAACUACGUCUCGCUCGUUAAGGAGAUGCAGGAGGCAUUUAUUGAAUACGACUUUGACCUUACUGUCACAUUGCCCUGCUCAUACUGGUAUAUGCAAAAUUUCGACAUUGUGUCUAUGGAGAAGUACGUAUCGUGGUUCAAUGUCAUGAGCUAUGAUAUGAACGGUGCCUGGAAUGCCGAAAGCGCAUACAUUGGGCCUUACAUGUAUGGACUUACUAAUCUGACUGAGAUCGAAGAGGGAUUCGAUCUUUUGUGGCGCAACAAUAUCGACCCUUCCAACGUGGUCAUGGGAAUGGCCUUCUAUGGCCGCACCUAUACCAUGGAGACGGAAGACUGCUACGAGAUUGGCUGCGAAUUCGACACAACAGGCUCUGCUGGCCAAUGCUCACAGACUGCUGGUAUUCUUAUGUAUCCAGAGCUACUAGGCAUAAAUCAGACCGGGACAUCUAUGACCUACUAUGACGCAGAUUCAACCACGGUCUACACGGUAUACAGUGGAGACCAAUGGGUCUCUUAUGAUACUGCUGAGUCGUGGCAAGCCAAGCUGAACUAUUUGAAUGGUCACUGUAUCUCUGGUCUGAUGAUUUGGUCUCUUGAUUUGGACACGUCAACUUACACCGCAUUGGCUGAACUCCUUGGUGACGAUGCGGUCACUACAGGUCUUCUCAGCAGCGGUGGCAAUCUUACGAGCGCUGAGAAGGUGACACUUGUGGAUCAGUAUGGCGCUUAUACUGGUCAAAAUUGCAUGGUGACUCAGUUCUGCACCGAUGGCUCAAGCAAAGAGCAAGGCACAGGCCAGGUCUGUCCAAGUGGAUAUACGUCUGUUACGACGGCACAUGCGCCUGUCCAGGCCCCUGGUUAUGAGAUCAAUGGGACAUGUGCCAAAGAUUGGUAUCGUCACAUUUGCUGCCCAACCAAGUACAUGCCCACAGGUUGCGAGUGGACAGAUUGCGGGACUGGGUACGAUGAUCAACAACAAGCUCCAACUUGUCCGUCUGGUUUUACAUACAUGACAGAGCGUCAUGACGACGAUAGCGGUGCGUUGUGCUCCACAAAAAUGGGCAGUUCUGACCCAACCAAGUAUGAGCUACUGUAUGCACAAGCGUACUGCUGUCCGAACAUCAGUGUUCCGACAAACUGCUCGUGGACUUUCUCUGACAACGAAUAUAUAUAUGAUCCAAAGUCUAUGUGUAUACCGGAGCAAUGCCCCUCCGGUAAGGUGGAGUACACAUCUGCUUUAGACCCUGAUGAUCCAGAAGUUGGUACCGCUGGUAGCCUGGAAAGCAUCAACUGCGACGCCUAUCCUAUUCCGGCAGGUACAAGCGAUCGAUUCAGAUACUGCUGCAAUCCUGCAACUUCCGCUGACGACGAUGGCGAAGACUGGCCGGUCGACCCUGAUGAUCUAUGGGAGGAUGCCUAUAUAAGCGAGGGCUCUGAUGUUGACUGGGCUUACUCUGACGACAGUGAUGGUGGCACUAGCUCGACUGAUUACGGGUCGGACCCCUAUGGCUUCGUUAUGCUGGAUGGCCCGUCAGGCUCUAUUGACAGCACCUUUGGCGACACAUAUACUGUGGUACAGACCGAUGAUAGCAGCACGACCGAGAAGGUCAAGCGUUUGGCCAAACGUUCGCUGGUCACACGUAAUGCCACCGUCAUAUCCUCUAAUUUUGACAACACCUCGGAGACUCUAUACGUUUACUGUCAGUACGCCACAGGCUCAGACAGGUGCAACCGGAUCUUCCACAAGGGUGCCGCUGAUACCAUCAUCCGGCUGCCUAGCCACAUCGGCGAGGGCCCCUGGGCACGUGUUGUAUCCAUGACUCCUGUCGCCAACACAGAGGCGGCGCUACCCUCCUAUCAUCUCCGCAAGCGUGAGACCCAGGAGAACUCGAAUACUGUAUACGCCCUGGUGAUCGACUAUAACUUCCAGGACAUUCAGGAUACGGCGAAGCAGCCCGUUAAUAUGAGAGUUGACUUUGCCAAUCUAGAGGACUACUGGCAGUCCAUCGAUGAUUCAGCUGCUAGAAAGAUCAAGAAGCGUACGGCAUUUGGCGGCGAGAGCCGUAGACAUAUACCAUACCGUGACUGGCGCCGCCAUGUUGAUAUCGCCAAGAAAAACCCUGCCUUCACUGAAAGGAGCUCUGAGGACUUUCACCAACGGGCAACACGGUCUUUUGCUCCAAGCACAGUUGCCCUACACGAACACGAUGUCCUUCUCACUAAGCGGUGGUUUGGGGCUCUCACAGCCUGGCUUAAAAAGGUAACAACAAUCACUAAGACCGGACAAGGUGAUUUACCCAUGGACCUUGAAUCCAACCUUCUGCUAUAUAGCCAAUCAAUUGGUUGCUCUAAGGCCAAUGCAGAGAUGAAUAUCUAUCUCGACACCAAGCUCGAUAUGGCCGCCAGCUACGCCUACUACUUCAGUGGAACCAUUGUCCCACCUGCUGUUACCGAUACAUACGCCUACUUGGGAAUGCAACCAUCGUUAUACAUCGGCGUAUCAGUAACAGGCUCAGCCACCCUGACCUAUAACUCAGAACGCCAGCAGCUAAUAUCCACCCUCACAUACCCAGGAUUAGCAAUUAAAGGUAUUGCUGUGGUUGGCCCAACAUUUGACAUCUACGGCCAGAUUGUCGGCACGGUGACAUUAAACGGCCAUAUGACGGUGGGCGCAUCCUACACAUUUGGCGUCUCUGAGAUGUACUAUCCGCAAGACAGCGACAGCGAUGUCUAUGACAAAUUGGGCGACAGCGACAAGCCUGAGCCACUAGCGACGGGUCUCAAGCCCACUUUUGAGGCAUCGGUGCAGGCCAGCGCGCAACUUGACUUUAAAGUAACGCCCGAGGCUAGCAUCGGCAUUACCAUCGGUGGGAACAGCUUCCUAUCGUCAAUGAGUUUAGCAUCGGCGACAGUGUCAGGCUUCGUCAACAACACACUACGAUUCAUGGCUUCGGCUGCAGCAUCCGUGUCAGCCGACACGACGGGCGCUUCAGCGUCAGCCUCGUAUAACUACGGUGCCUACCUUCUGUAUAACGUCGGCUUUGGUGGCCAGGCCAACAUUCUCAACUAUGCCUGGAACAUGGCUACCACAUACCUCUAUACGACAGCCAAGGAUUAUGAACUGUACGGCGGGAGCGGCAUCAUGUCCACUAACGUUACCACCAAUCGUGACCUAGACGGCCUACCGGGCCAGGACUGGCACCAAAUGGUCGAGAAGCGCAAAUCACAACCGAAUAUCUUCAAACGGACUCAUGCACGAGAUGUGACAGAGCAUCUUCCAUGGAUCUACAAGCGCUCUAGUGUGGACGAUGACGGCGACACUAAUAUGGGUGGCACAGCCUGCUUCACAGGCGGCGUGCUGGCCUGUCCGGACGACACGUGUAGCACAGGCUCAGACUUAGACAGCGAUGAUACAGCUUGCACACCCACAGUCCCCUCCCUGUUGAUCAAUUGUGCGUGGUUUGGUACGGACCAGGUAACUGGAACCAAGGGGAGCACGAAUAUUGCCGGUAUCUGUGAGAACAUGCAGACCUUCCUCAACUGGCGUAACCUCAACCUCAAUCCGGGCGCUACAUUUACUUACGACACAUCAGAUGGUGCUGCCGAGAGUAACCGUGAAGAAACAUGCUCUGACAGCCAGUAUUACGAGCUGACAUCUACUGCGAGUGCCGAGGAGGGGGGCAACUGGUACGGCGAUAUUCCUAUUGCCCCAGCCCUGGAGUGCGCACCAGCAUGGCAGCAGGGUAUGCAGGCACAAUGCAACAAGCUGGCAAGUAACAUAAAGACUAAUGUUCAAUACGCUAUUGACCCCGACGCGACCGCUGAAUGGGUAUCAUGGGCUACCAAUGACGAUUGGAACACGGCCACUGCCUGGAACGAGAUCAUCACUUACCCGUAUGCUAUCCCUCAGGCAUCAGGUAUCUCCGACGCUGGAUGGGGUACCGAUGAGACCGGUGGCUGGUCCCAGAAACGUAGCUUUACGUACGGCAUUGCCAGUCCUUCUUCCACGAGCGACUGGAGCGCCUGGGGUGGCACUACUGGAUCAUGGACAUUCACAUCUUCCGGGGGAACCUCUUCUGACGCCAGCCUAGUGGUCUGCGCCAUCAACCUGUGGGACCAACCUAACGUCUACGCCCUAAAAACUACAAACUGGAAUGCCUAUUGUUAUAAUGGGGUGAAGACUAAUGGUGCAUUUUCAGGGAUUGUCUCUUAUCCCGCCUUGAAACGCUGCUUCGUUACCCUUGGCUCCCUUAUCACCACCCGCGACCAGGCUGACUUCGAAGAUUCUCUUGGUCAUGGUUCUCUCUACGGACGUGUCAUCACGAACAUCACCAUGCUUGAUGAUGACGAUGAUUAUGACCUAACAGAGGCCAUGGGAGCCCUCAAUCUAGAGAAUGAAGAUGAGAUUUCGCAUCCUUUAGUUGAUAUGCUCGGCAAACUGUGA